AUGACUGACGCAGAAGCAGCAACAGCUUCCCCCGCCACCACCCCCAGCAGCGGCGAGGCGGAGGACUCCGUCAGCCCUGACGCCCCUGCUGCUGCUGCUGCUGCUGCUGCUGCUGCUGCUGCAGCAAGGCGGCGCCGCGCCUCUGCUGCUGCUGCAGCUAGCAAGCUGCCCAAGGCUAGCCAGGAUGGGGACUCGGAAGCAGCAGCAGCAGCAGCAGCAGCAGCAGAAGGCCCGCAGGCGCGCAGCAGCGCAGCAAAGGCAGCAGCAAACGAGAUUGAAAACACAACUAAUUGCUGCUGUCCUUCCAAACUGGAUUUCUUUGACCCGAAUUCAGACAUUGCCAAAUCUCCCUACAGAGGAUUCGCCACGCUUCUCUUCAUUUGCUCGGCUUUUUAUUUAGUGGCAAACCCUGUAAUGCGUUGGUACGAAAGAGGAGAGUACUUUGACACUUCGUUGGCCGUCAGCAUGUUUUACGACUUCUUUUACCUGCAGCAGCAGCAGCAGCAGCAGCAGCAGCAGCAGUACCAGCACCAAAAGCACCAGCAGCACCAGCACCAGCACCAAAAGCACCAGCAGCACCAGCACCAGCACCAAAAGCACCAGCAGCAGCAGCAGCAGCAGCACCAAAAGCACCAGCAGCAGCAGCAGCAGCAGCAGCAGCAGCAGCAGCAGCAGCAGCAGCAGCAGCAGCAGCAGCGGUGCGUGCAGGGCGUACGUGCUGCACGUGUUGUUCCUGAAGAACUGCAUCGGCCGGCGGACUCUUUUCGCCUGCCAGCAUUUGACGCAAUGCACUCCUACACAGAAAUCAAUCUGGAGUUCCACCGAAAAAGAAAUACUGCAGAAGCAUGCAAGCAUUACCCUGGCAACGUUAAUCUGCCGAACUUCUUCUACUACAUGGUGGUCCCGUCGCUUGUCUAUGAGCCGCAGUUCCCCCGCGGCAAAGGAUUCCGCCCCGCCUACUUUGUUUGGAAACUCAUUUCCCUCGCUAGCGCAAUGGUAAGCAGCAGCAGCAGCAGCAGCAGCAGCAGCAUGAGCAGCAGCAGCAGCAGCAGCAGCAGCAGCAGCAUGAGCAGCAGCAGUAGCAGCAGCAGCGGCAGAGGCCGCAGCGACAGUGAUUGUAAAUGCAGCAGUACACACUGUCAGCGGCUCCAGCGCAUCUCCUAG